AUGAGACUUCAGUUGUCUAAGCUUGCAGUCAUAAUUAGCUUCUAUAUCAACACCAUCGCGGCAACAGAUCGCCCGAGGAGCUUUGUGUGUGAAAGAAAAUACUUCCCUGCCGAUGUAAUAUCAAAAGCCAUUGGAGAUUCCUGCAACGCCCUCGAAUACGCCGACAUUAAAUGCAGAGCGAUAGCAGCGUUUGACGGUACAGUCCUUUUCGGCAUACGCGAUGCAGUCUUGUUCUCCACGCCAACAAGAGCGUGUCAUGAUCAUAAAUAUGAAGGUGGCAAUUUACUUAUCCUUGAAACUAGCACGCGUCGCAUAGAUUCUAGAUUUGUUAUAGAUUCCAUGUGCAAUCUAAUCGGACUUAUCUACUUGAAUAAUCGAAGCUUCUUUCGCUGCGCAGAAACUAUAGAUUCUGAUCAUGCAACAGAUAUCGGAUCGGACAUUUGGUCUAAUACGCUACCCAAAAACUUUGGUUACAGAUGCGAUCAUAAAAUAUUCCACUAUCAGGAUAUCCUCAGGUCUUUUGAGUAUCUGCGACUGCAAUUUUUCAAACCCGCAGGAACAACUAGACGUUUAAAACCCAUCAAGGUCUCUUCAGAUGAUUUUUCUGGUAGUGAUGUAUAUCUCUGGCCCGUUUACGCCGAUGGCAUGGUUAGGCCAGGCUCUCUUGCAAGAACGGGACUGUAUCGCAUCGCGACCAACGGAGCCAAAAAUAUGCUUGGUCUUAUGUACAGAAAUAAUAAAGAUUGGCAUCGAUGUAUUGAAAUGAAAUCUGUUGAUCCAAAGCUUUCGACUGUAGGGGAUGGCACGAAGAAUUCCAUCGGAGAGACCAUUUUCGACAAUUUAAGCGCUUACAAAUGCGGUCAGAGAAUUUUCUCCAUCAUCACAUUGAAUAGCCACAUGCAGGCGGCCUGCAGAGUAAUCCGAGAAGAUGCUAGAAAAGCUGCGGCCGGGGAGUCUUCGUUUCCAAUUCCAGACCCCGCCGCUAAGCAUGGAGAAAUAAAUACUCGGUUCUGGCCUCUCAGGUUACCAGAAUUAAAUGGAGAUAAAAAUGUUCAAAGACAACGUUAUAGUUACCUCAAAUUAGACCUAGACUGCAAAUUUUUGGGAGUCUUCAAGUGUGUCAACGGAAAAUUUUUUUCAUGUUUAAGUCUCAAGGCCUCCCCAUCAUCAUUGGAAUAG